AUGGGCUCUGCGACAGAAGCUCCAAACAAAGAAAAAGAUGAAGAGAUCCCCGACUGGAAUCUCACCGAGGUAGACCGCAAGCUCCUUCGCCAGACCGACGAGGAAUACGAACCACACUCCUGGGACGAGCUGAGAUGGAUAAUCCAGCAGAAUAGACUCGAACUCUUCAAGCGUCUGCCCUCACAUCUCAGACGCUACAUCAAAUGGUCAAAGGGCAUAAAAGAGCAAUACGGCGGCAUCCUCAACUACAUCUGUCAGCAGCGACUCCGCUGGGACCAGGAAGACUCCAAAGUCGUGUUCAAGAAUCCCAUCCCUUUUGUCAGCCCAUCCGAUUAUUGCAUCCGCUUCAACGACUGGCCGUACGGGGUUGCACCGGGCAUCCGGCACCUGGUCGUCUGGCUGAAGACCCCGUUUCCUGUGCAGGAAGACGGAAAUCUGACCACUGAGUCUCGCGCGCGCAUUGAGACAUUUGUGUCGGCUACGUUUGUGCAGCGCUUGGCGAAGGAGGCCCAUGCAGAUGCGCCUGAGGACCGCGUGCUGUGGUUCAAGAAUUGGGCUGCGUUGCAGAGCGUGUCCGCACUGGAGCAUUUCCAUGUUAUGGUGAGGGAUGCAAGUGAGGAGGCUCUGAGAGAGUGGGUUGGGGCAGAUAAUAUGGUGAUGGUUUGUGAUGUGUCCAAGUGA